UUAAUAUCAUCAACGAUUAUUGUGCAACGAAAUAUUUUCAUUGUUUCAACUUUAACAAAAGUGUUCGGCAAAUUGUUGCAAUUCGAGCUCCUUGUACAAAAACGAAGAAAAAAUGUCUGCAAUGAAAGAAAGUGAAUUGCCGAAGCCGUCGGUUCCCGAGCUCUCCGUCAUUCUAAACAGAUUCUUGGAAGGAAUCAAAGCAUUUGUCCCGGGUGACAAAUACGAGGAAGCUCGAAGAUUAAUCGAAGAUUAUAAAACGUCGGAAGAAAUGCAAAAGCUGCAAGGGUUCUUGAAGGAAUAUGCAGAAAGCCAUGAAAAUUACGUGACCGAAUUCUGGCUGAAAGAAACUUUGAAAAAUCCUUUGCCUCUCCCCAUCAACUCCAGUCCCUUCUUACUGCUGCCGAAACAAGAAUUCAAUAUGGAUGACGAAAGAUUUCGCUUCAUAGCGACAUUUAUCAUAUUUUCGCUUAUGUUCAAGGAAAGAGUUGACAGAGGUGAGUUAAAAGAAGAAUUUGCUGUAAGUCAAGAAAAAGAGAAUGCACUUUCCAUGGCCACGUAUCGUCACUUCUUCACGGCUUACAGGAUACCAGGCGCUAUUAAAGACGAGCACAUUUUUAGUGAAGGCGGCCGAUAUUUCAUUGUGGCGUGUAACAAUCAGUUAUUUCAAGUGGAGGCGACUUCUUUUAUAGACAGUUAUACAAGUGAAAGCGCUCUCAUAAAAGAGCUCAAGAAAAUAGAAGCGUUAAGUAAGAAGAAGCCACACUACCCGCCAGUGGGAAUUCUCACGGCUCUCAAUCGAAAAGAAUGGGCGAGUAUAAGAGAACAAAUGAUCAAAAACGAAAAUAAUAAAGAGUCCGUUCGGAUUAUUGAAAAUUGUCUGUUUGUGGUGUGCAUGGACGAAUCGAUCGAAGAUCUGAGGAAAGACACAAAAUCGAAAAGCUAUUACUUCGAAGAUAUGGCUCACCACAUCCUUCAUGGCAAUAAAAGCAGACAUUCCACGGGUAAAAGAUGGUUCGAUAAAUUUAUUCAGUUUAUCGUGACCAAAAAUGGUGUAAAUGGAAUUGUGAUCGAACGUUCGGUGUCGGAAGGGAUUGAGGUUUUAAGAUUCUGUGAAGAAUUCCUGGAUUUCGUGAAAAAAACUUAAAGAGACUUCCUCUGCGAUCAGAUGACGAAACGGAGAGAGUUACAAGACUUAAGUGGAAUAUCAGCGAAUCUCUGGCAAAAGAGAUCAAAAAUGCAUCUGCCGUCACAGACGCAAUGAUCGACACGUUAGAACUUAAUGAAUUUAGUUUUAUCGAUUACGGCAAAGAAUUUUCGGAGAAACACGAAAUCAAUCCGGAUGUGUUCCUUCUGUUGUGUUUGCAGUUGACAUACUUCAGAACGCAUGGCAAAGUGACGGCCACUUACGAAAGUGGAGCUUUGAGGAAAUUCAGAUUCGGUCGCGUCGACAACAUCCGCGCUUCCAGCCAAGAGGCUUUGGAUUUCUCAAAGUCCAUGUUAGAUCCUUCCCUGAGUCAGACUGAAAAAUGGGAGAAAUUCCAAAAAGCCGUGAAAAACAAACCGAAAUCCUUCUUUAUACAAUCAACGGAGAAGGACCAGAUAACCAUCUACUAUGCUUAAAGUAAAUGGCUGCUCUGCACGGCUUACAAGAACCGGCACUUUAUGAAACAGAUUAUUACAAAGAGUUUUUGAAUUUCCGCUUAGCGACCAGUCAGUUUCCCACGACCUACUACAUCUUAGUUGGAUACGGUCCUGUGAUGCCCGAUGGAUACGGAUGUUCGUACAAUCCACAGGAGGGUCAUGUCGACUUUUUCAUUUCUUCGUUCAUAAACGACUCCUCGACGGACUCGGAGAGAUUUGCACGGAAUUUGCACAUGAGCUUGAUGGAUUUGAAGGAGUUUUGUGAGAGUGGGAAGACUGCAGUUUCCAUCAGCUCACCGACAAAGACUGCAGUUAAAACCGAAGCAAAGUAAUUGAAUGAAGAAAUUUUAAGCU